ACGAGCGCGUAGCCGUGGCAAGCUAACCGAGCUAACCGUCUGCCUCUUGGGGCUCCUGGGCAGCGCAGCGAGGAGCGACGGAGUUCAGAUGUGCGGCCGUCGUUUGAACCCAUAAAAACAGCUUUGGUUGAGGAGAAAUACGACGUGCACUGGUUAUUGAGCAAUUUUCUCCACUGGGACGCGAACAGCGGUCAGUACCGGAAAGCGGAGGCCUGCACCACUGGGCCGGGAGCCAUGUCCAGCGCUCGGGGUGUUUUCUCCGUAUUAUUUCCUCUUAGCCACAUCUUGGACCUUCACAAUGAGGAACCCCAACGCGAGACCGUUUGCUCUGGGGGGCCCGAAACCCCCUUUUUUUUGUGAAGGCCAAAAAUGAUGACCGCGUCCAGAACCGCAGACUGCCACACUGGACCGUCUGUCAAAACAGCACACCGCCGAUCCCAAGUCCAUUCAUACAGGGAGGGCUGUAGUGCAGCUGUCUGGGCUCCUGGACGCAGCUUGUGUAGUUCAUUCCAAAUGUUGAGGCACUAAAUGGACCUAGAGGCAUGACAUUUGACACGAUGUGUCCUGAAACAAAGGGGGAAGGAUGUGUACAAGAAUGGUGGCAACUGAGUAAACAACACUGGCAUCGACACUGGCUUGCACGGGCAUCGCAAAAUGCUUGGACUUCAGGAAACAAAAUCUGCUGGAACUCCUCCCAGUAAAACAUACAGCUGUGUGGCAUGCUCUGCCACUUUUAAUGGUUUAUCAUCUCUCUUGGUGCAUCAGGCUUCUCAUGCCAGUGAAAUCUCUGACCAGAAAGCAGCAAUGUUGCCAACUUGCAGUCACUGCAGUGGCUUGUUUGCAAGUCCAGAACUUCUUCAAAAGCAUCACUGCGUGGUAUUACCCCCUCCCGUCACUCAAGAUGUGUAUGCUUGUGAUUGUGGGGAAGAGUUUCAUGAACUUGAGGCCAUCCAGGAGCAUAAAAAGAUACAUGAAAGUAAAACACAUGUGAAGAUACAAGAGACAAGUAAUGAGCAGUCUGAAACGAUUGAGCAGUCUGAAACGAUUGAGCAGUCUGAAACGAAUGAGCAGUCUGAAAUGAAUGAAAAAUCUGAACUUACCGAACCUUCAGAACUUGCUCAGAUGGACUGCCACUCUUCCCCAGUUCCCUCUAAUGAGAACUCACCUUCUCUUUGCACUGAUGAGUCACUUCAUCAGAACACACAGACUGCUUCAGAGGAGUGCAUAUCUACUUCAGAUUCUCAUUCUGUUCAGAACACCAUAUCAGAGGUACACCAUGAUGAAGGAUCAGAGCCAUCUGACUUAACUUCCCCUCUGGUACUCACAGAAGCACAAGACCAGUCCUUAGAGAAUAAAGUUGAGAAUGUAACUUCUGAGAAUACAUGUGUUACUGACAGUGAGCAAACACAAGAAGAAAGUCAAGAAUCGAGUAAUAAAAAAUCGCUGCUUAAAAUGCUUGCAUCUGCCUACAUGCAUUGUAGGCAGCCAGCUCAAAAGCAGUCAGAGCAAAGCAAGAGGACCUUACCUCCACGGAAAGUUUCACCAAGGGCACCAGUGCAGGCUCCAGUAAUGUCAGCAUCAAGCUCUGGGUAUUUCAUUAACCAGUUAAUACAAAAGGUCACUAAAUAUGGCCCUGAUAGAAUGGGGUUCAGACAAUCAAGCAACAUGCUUAGUGUCAAGCCUGUCAAGAAAAAAAAAAAGAAGAGGAUUGUAUCUACAACCAAGACACUAUACCCUGUGGUUGCACUUGAGACCUGUCAAAAGCUUGUUAGAGACAAUAUUGAAGGGAGGCAUCAGUGCGGUCUUUGCCGAAGAGUUUUUCAAGAUGUGGACAGCUUGAUAAUGCAUCAUGCUUUGCACAAGAAAGAAAGAGUCAAAUUUUGCCGCCGUUGCCGACAGUAUGUGAUAAGUGUCAUUUCCGUUCCACAUAACCACAUCUGUGCUAGCUCUGUUGGAUUUUCCAGACAUUUUACAUUGCUAGCGUCAAACAGUCCUACAAUGCAGCACUCUCGGAAGUUAUUCCAUUGUACAAAGUGCAAUCGGAGCUAUACACGGAGACACAGACUUAACAAGCACAAUUGUCAAUGGCUAGCCUCUCUUAAGCACUCUGCUGCUGGAGUCCAAAGUGAUGACAAGGUCAGCAAUUUCGAGGAAGAUUCUAAUACAGAAAAACAAAUCAUGUCAGUACAGCAGGAUUUAUCAUGUCAAGUAAAUGUUGGUGUGAACACAGGGGUCCUUAAACUGGUAAAGACUGAGGAGCUCGAUACUGAUUCUUUGUUGGAGGGAAAGUAUCAGACAGGGUUAUCGGCAAAAUGUCCCCCACUUAAUUCUGGACUUCAUAUAGGAUCAGCUAAGAGUUUCCCACCCUUUCGUCCAAACGUUUUCAAAUUCAGUUCAGUACAGUCACGAGAACUUGUUCAUUCAUUUGCGCCUACAGCUGCACAAGAUGAAAUGAGGCCAGGAAGUGACACUGAAGCAGGUGAAUCUUUAGGAGAGAGCCAGUGGACUGUGCCUUUGGAUGAUGCUGAAAUAGAUGUGAUGGACGUUGAUGAAGAAAAACAUGAUGAUUUAAUGGAGGCACCCAAGGACAACUCUGAUGAGGUGGUUGUCUUAGAACCCACCGUGAAGUCUCCAACCAGUUCAAUACUGUCAUGUAAAGAUUUUCAGGUGCACAUUUCUCCUGGUGGUGUAAAACGUUUUUCGUGUAAUAGAUGUCAGAGAACCUAUUCCCGACGUUUCACCGUGAAGCAGCACCUUAAGAUUUGUGGUGCAAGAAAAUUAAUGGAGCAACAUUCUUUUGGAAAGGCUAAUAUCAUUGCACUAAAGAAAAAAUUUCCGUGUCCCAAUUGUGGUACAUCAUUUACCCGCAAAGACAAUAUGAACAUGCACCGAAAGAGGUGUCAGUCAAUGAGAAGUGCAGGCACUCUGGAGGCGAUUAAGUUGUCUGAGAAGAAAAACCAAGCCUCCCAAGAAAACAUAUUUGUGUUGCCUCCAGUUUCAAAGAACCAAGUCACACAAGAGAGCAGUAACAAUAAUUCUGGAAGUGGAAACUGGGGGAUUAUGUCAUUACCAUCUGUGCUUCCCAGAAAAGUUACUUGUGAGUGCGGUGUUGCUUUUACUUGCCCCAGGCUUCUGUUUGAGCAUCUGCAAUUGCAUGCGAUGGAGUCCUAUAUUUGUUCCCAUUGUGGAGAAAAUUUGCAAUCUUGGGCUGAGUUUGAAGCACACCAAAAAUUCCACACACAAACUUCAGUGCAGAAAAGUGAGCAGAAAGUGUCGCAACCACAGCAACCUCAGCUUCAGCAGGUGCCACGUUUUCAAUUGGCAGUGCAAAAUCAGAACAACCAGUCACGUUUAAAUCACAGACCUCUCGCAGAACCAUGUGUUUGCCACAGAUGUAAAAAGGUCUUCAGAAGACGGAAAUCUUUGCUGAGACACCUGAGGUUGAGUUGCAGAGGAGAUAUUGCAGGUCAAAACAAGCACUCUUGUUCUCGCUGUGGUAUGACUUUCCAAAGUCCAUUAGCCCACAAGGUUCACGUUCAGGGCAACACUUGUACACCUUCUUUUAAGCCUAUCCGCUGCCCAGUGUGUGUCCGCUGGUUCAGUUGCGUGGAUGGACUCAAAAGACACUUGGUCUCACAUAGCCAACAAAAGGUUUUGACGUGCCAGAUCUGCGAGCAUAAGUGCUCAAGCCACGAAGACCUUGAGGAGCAUAAAAGGAGGGUCCAUGGCGCAAAGGAAGCUGCUGAGUCACCUACUAUUCAGUCUGCCCAUGUUUCACAAAGCAACCCAUCAAAUGCCUUUCAGUGCCAGAUAUGUCACCGCAGUUACUCAAAACUCCAAUCCCUGAAGGAUCAUCUAAGGAAAGUCCAUCGACCGCAAGGUCUAAAACCAGGAGAGCCCAAAGUUGGUGGACUUCAGUCUUUAGUAGGGACUGUGCAGCAAGGCCAGUCCAAGCAGUUUCAGUGUCACAUUUGUUCACGUACCUACCCAGAUAUUCAGUCCUUGAAAAAUCACAAGAGGAGGGUUCAUCGUAUUCUAGGAAGUGGAAUUCAGCCAUCAAAAGGAUCUCUACAGCAAAGCCAUUCCAAUCCGUUUCAGUGUCACAUCUGUUCACGGAGCUACCCUGACUUGAGGUCCUUGAGAAAUCAUAGAAGGCGAGUCCACCGCAUUCUAGGUGGUCUUGAGAUGUUCAAAGGAAUUGUUCAUCAAACCCAGGGCACCCCUUAUAGGUGUCAAAUUUGCCAGCGGAGUUAUCCAGAUGUAAGGUCAUUAAAGAACCACAGAAGGAGGGUGCAUCAUAUUUUAGGGGAUGUGCCGGAGUCUGCAAAAGUGGUUGCUACAGAUGUGGAACAGUCAGAGGUUAAGUCGGAGCCUCUUGAUGUCACUCUAUCUCCAAGUACAGCUCCUGAGACUGCAGUACAAUAAGCGAGCACUGAAGAUCAUUUCAGCACAAUGCUAGAUUGACUCUUUGACACACUUAAAGUAGAGGAAAAGAGAUCAUUUUUAAUCUCUUAUCAGUACUAGUUAAUGGGGAAUCCCACUGAAUUUAUAGUUUUUGCAUAAGUAAAUCUGAUGUGAAAUGCAUCAUUUUAGAGAAAAAUUAAAGUCACAGUUGAUCAUAGCAGUGGUUAAACGAACCAGGUGUCUGAUUAUAAUGUCUCUAAAAACUACUUCACAGGAAACUGUUACAUGAAAUGGUUACAUGUGCAUUGUUUGUUCUGAGAUUGUUUUUUUUUUUUUUUUUUUUAUCAUGGCUUUGUGAUAAGACAAAGAUUUUUUUACUUAAAAAAAAAAUCAGUUGUGGCAGAGAGGUACAUGCAGAAAGUUAAAGAGCAAAAUGGAACAAGUAUUAGAAAACCUUAGUUUAAUGAAUUUACCACUAUAAGGCAGAGUCAAAAGAAUGUCAGUGCACUUCUGGAAGGGCCUGAUUUCGUGGACGUUUUUGGGACCACCUCUUGCAUCAUAUUGACAUCACCUACACAGUUUCAGAAAGAAGGUGGGCUUGAUGUUUAGGUCUCAAAUGCAAAUUCAGUAUCAUACUGAUAUGAUAUCGGCAGUGGAUAAUUCACUCACAUCUUCGGAAGACACGUCCUUCACAGUUUUGAGCAAGUUCUCUUUGAAUCUUCUUUCAACAUGCUCACAAAUAUUAGAUACAUCUGUUCGUUGAAGGGUUCCAAAGCACAGCCAACCUGAGUUCUUUGUGUGCAUUUACACAUUUCUGUCAGAGAGUUCUCCAAAUCCUCUUAAUUUACAUUGUGUAGCUUCAACAUUGCUAUAUUUUAGAACAAAACAGAUGAUGUCUUUCUGGAUAGUCACUGAAGUGACAACUUGGGCCAUUUCAGCGUCUGAAGUCAUGGUUGAGUCAUGGUUUCUUCUGCAUAUGUGAACACGCCAAACGAACUCGGACCCCUCUAAACGGCCCUCCGUUUGUAGUUUGUUUUGUGGUUCGAUUGAUUUGUACAUUGUGAAAACAAAAUGGCCCCAGUCCGAUUUAGCUUUGCCUUAUAGUGAAGACCUGGAGGCUCACCGUACACACAGCCACAGUCUUCAGCGCUUCAGCAGGUAAAACAUUUAUAAGGUUCUACUCAGGAUAAAGUCUGUCCGUGGUCUAAGACAGACAACAGUGCCGACAUAGUAAAGUGAUAAGAUGCGAGAGCUCGUGUGAUUUUACCAUGUUAGAGGCUCGAGCUGGGCACCCAAUGUAAUUUCCAGCUGUUUUCACUCUGAACGUUGAGCGAAUGAAACUUCUCCGGGUGGCGCUUCAGUGAGGUGCACAGACGAAAACGGAGCCCACCACGGCAGACCCCCAGGGCCAUUUUUCCAAUUUUCCGCAAUGUACUUGGGCCAAUCGUUUCAGCGCAGCCAAUAGAGCAGCAGGUGGAUCUGGUGGUUCUUCUCAUCACCUGCUAGGUUGGAUUUAUCAGCUGCUCACCAUGAGUGGUGUGGAAGGGGUCUGAGCAGGGGUCUGAGCUCUAAUGGAGUUGUGGUCUGAAAUAGAAGUGGUCAGAGAUCAAAGGACCAGAAAGUAAACGGAGUCCUGUUUAGAGUUAACAAGAACUGGGGUCAUUUGCAGUUGGUUCCCUUCCAGGUUCACUUGAACAGAACUUGGUUCGGUUCUUUUAAAAAAUGAACUAUAUGUGAAAACAAUGUAAAACACUAGUAAAUUAUUCUCAAUAGCCAUAUUUAUAUUUCAUGGAUUGAUUAUGCAAAAACUUUUAAAAAGCAGUGGAAUUCUUCUUUAUGUGCUAAGACUGUGUAUAGUGGGAUUUGUGUACCCCCCCCCCCAACUCUCCCAUCUUCCAUCUCCCCAUCUCCCCAAGGGUUGGAAAGUAGUAGUUAUAGAUGCAAGAUAGUUCAAAAGUAAAUGAUAGUUAAAAAAAAAAAAACUUUUCUGUACUCGUUUCAUUGUUAGUUCCAGGUGCUUACCUUGUCCUGUAAUGUAAAAAUCUUUGUCUCUACCUUUCUUUUACCCCUCACCCUCUCUCUCUCUCUCUCUCUCUCUCUCACCUGAUAAACAUCUAAAAAUAAAUUGUUGGCAAAUGCAUGCACAGCUUUUUAUAAAAAAAAACAUUGCAUUGUAGAUAAAGGUUUUGUUUGUAAUUUCGGUGCAUUGUCUGUAUCGGACACAGUUUUAAUGGAAACGUUUAGAAGCGUUAGUUCCUCAAUACUGUAUCAAUAAAUACUGUGGUGUUCUUCCUU